AUGACAUCUAACUCGACCUUAUCAAACACUCAGGCUGCGCGGCAACCAUGGGGCCCUAGCUUCGAGGCGCCGGUUGCGUUGGCCAGGCGGGCCGUCGCCCUCGGAGACGCGAAAGCGUUGCGGAGAAAUCUAGAGGCAUCCCUUGGUGGGAACGGCUAUGACGUGUCUACGGCCGUGGAUGGGCUAAGUGGUUGGAAUUACGAGACGGCUUCCGAGCUGCUGGAGCACGGGGCGUCGACCGCCCUCCGGGAUAAUUUCGGGAAGAUGGCGCAGCAGAUGCUAGAGCUGAGCAAGCCCGUGCGACGCAGGCCAUGGAGCGGCUCCUCCGCAAUUCCCGGCGGUUCGAGGGAGCUGUCUGCUUGCCGCCGGGGCUUGCCGUGUACCAGUCGACCCCGUACAGCAACGGGAAUUAGCGGCGGUAGUGCCCAUGCCCGGGAAGCCCCGUCUGCUUCUUCCAGGGGCCAGAAGAGCGUCGCGGCGGCAGAGACAGCGGCAGCGGACAGACAUCUUCACCACGACCGGGACCAAAUCGACGUCGGAGACUCGCUUUCCACGCUGCCGCCGCGCAGCUCCGUGGCCAACGCGAAGGAAGGUAGCGUUAGCGCGCUGACGGUAGUCGCCGGGGCCGGGAGAGACGGCGCCGUUACCAGCGGGCUCGCCACCAGCCCGACGGAGUGCUGGCGCUGCCACCGAGAGAUGGCCAUUCUCGAUGCCGACGAUCGUCAUAACCAGCGUGUCGCCGGGAGCUGCACCGGCGCAGCCUCUACCUCUCCCUACGACGCCCGCGGGGGUCUUGACCACAGCUCGCACUAUUCUUCCUCUGGGGCCGAUAACGAGGCUGCCGGUCCCCGCGGUGACACGACAGGCGGCGGCGUGGCCUACGCCUCCCGCACUGGCGUUGCACCACGGCAAGACCAGCUCCUCCGACCACCCUCUCCGGGGGCGGCGGAAACGCUGCUCGCCGAAGCCUCGGGGUUCGGAACCCUGACCACCGACGGCAGCCCAACGAGCGUCGGCGGCGGCGGGGGCGGCGGGGGCGGCGGCGACGCCUCCCACGCUUCUCGGGAUCGCGCUGACGUUGCCGGGCGUCCGGUGUCGCAAGCAGCGCUGCAAGAAGAAGAAGAAGAAGAAGAAGAAGCGAACCAACUAUUGGAGCUGUCGUUCUUGCACGUCCGCCGACACAACGCCGGGGAAGGAGAAGAAAGCGCUUCGGAUAACCUGGCCGCCGCACGUGAGCGGUCGAGCAGGGGCGGCGGCGGCGGCCGCCGGCACGGCGGUGGACGCGACAGAAUUUCCGGGAGGUCACCCAACCAGAGGAGCCGACGACACGCGGGGAAACGAGGCGGGAGAAGAAGAGCAACGACAGGCGCUGCGGGGAGAAGAGCGAGAAAAAGAAACGACCGGGCGAGGGGCGGGGACGGGGCGGGUAGGGGUGCUUCCGCGACGGGUCAGCAGCGGCGCUUCUUUUGCCCAGGAGACGAGGUGCCCGAGUACGUGGUUGGUCGGAGGCGGAUGCUCUGGGCCCAGAGGUCGGCGGAGCAGUACGCCCGGCGCGUCUCCGACCUGAAGAGGCGGCGGGAAGAGAUCGCGUCCCCUCGCCGGCAAAAGAUGGCCGCGGCCGCCGACAGGGAGAAGCGGAGGGCCCAGAGAGAGCUGGAGAGCAAAGAGAGAGUCCGAAAUUCACCGUUGAGGUGGGACCGAGACGGCCGUCCGUGCUCCAGCCCCGCCGCGCUCCCGGCCGCCCAGAGCAGCACAGAACCGUCUUCCCCUUCGUCACCGGCCCGAGGUCAUCAUCAGCGGAGACCCUCGACGGCCGGCCCGUACGGCGGUCGUUCGUGCCUGAAGUGCGAUCCCCGGCGGUGGUACCGCGGGGAGUUCAUGGGGGGGUUGGGGGGGUUAGGAACGGGUUCGCGGCCUCCGCCGCGGAGAGGAGGGCGGCAGGAGGACGAGGGGGAGGGAGGACGGUUGUGGAACAGGAUCGUGUCGGACAGAUACCGGUUGCUGCGUCCUUGGACGACGUCCCCCCUCGACGACAGCGAGCUGUGGUGGGCCAAGCCCCGCCUGUCUGGUAGCGGGACGGCGGUGGUGGUGAAGGUCCUGGCCGACGGGAAGCGCGACGCGACGGGCUGGGAGGCGUUCAUCCGGGAGUGGGGGGUGCUCAAGUACCUCCAGGAAGAAGGCCGGGUCGGUGGUAGGGAGCCGCUGAGCGUCGGCCUGGUGUGCGCCUUCGAGACGGAGCGGAGCCUGGUCUUGUCGAUACCGGCGGGCUCAAGGACUCUCAAGGAGGUCGGCCAGCAGAUGCACAGCGAGAGGCGGAGCAAGAAGAACAGCGUUUCCGACGGCGGUGUGUUUAACGAUCAGCCUGACGGUUCAUGCUCCAAGUUGCCGCUUGUGGGUUAG